GACUUUUGAACUCUGGAUAAAAACAAGCCGAUCAGCUGAUGUAAAAGCAACAACAUCUACAGGGGUCUGACACAGAAUAGCUCAGCUAGCUAACUUUCUCCACAACGUUAGCCAUAUGUGGCAGCGGGCGCUAUGCUCCUAGACCGUGUACGUGUCAGCUCGUAACUUAGACCGUGUCGCGGCGGCAGUGAGGACAGUCGUCGUCGGUCGGACCGGGUAGCUUCUGCUAGGUGUGAGAUGAGUGGUCAAGGACCAGCUGCAGAUAAAGGCAUGAACUCCACACUGGGCUGUCAGGAGAGCUACGCCUGCGGGGGUUCAGAUGAGGCCGCCUUUGAGUGUGAUGAAUGUGGCAGCCUGCAGUGUGCCCGCUGCGAGCUGGAGCUGCACCGCCAGGAGCGGAUGAGGAAUCACGACCGGGUUCGGAUUGCACCGGGCCACGUUCCUUUCUGCGACUCGUGCAAAGGUGACAGCAGCUGCUCCGUCAACGGCGGUCGGCUCAGGGCGGUGGUGCGCUGCCAGGGCUGUAAGAUCAACCUGUGUUUGGACUGCCAGAAACGCACCCACAGCGGAGUCAACAAGAGGAAGCACCCUCUGACACCCUACCCCCCUGCCAGAGCUCCCCAGGACAACAGCGUGAGUGAGGGGGAGUCACAGAUGGAGCUGCUGAAGGCAGAGCUGGAGAGGGUGUGCAGCUUCCUUUUGGUGGAUGAGAGGGAGGAGAUGCAGGUGAAGGAUGAGGACGACUUUGUGAGCAGACUGGGCUGCAUGCCAGACGAGCUCCUCAAAGUGGUCUCCAUCUUUGGGAACACCGGCGAGGGCAAGUCUCACACCCUGAACCACACGUUCUUCCUCGGCCGAGAAGUGUUCAAGACCUCACCCACCCAGGAGUCCUGCACUGUGGGUGUCUGGGCAGCCAUGGACCCUGUGCACCGUGUGGUGGUCAUCGACACAGAAGGACUGCUGGGAGCUGGAGCUAAUCAGGGCCAGCGGACCCGGCUGCUCCUCAAAGUCCUGGCUAUCUGCGACGUGGUCAUCUACCGAACCCAUGCCGACCGUCUCCAUGACGAUCUCUUCAAGUUCCUGGGUGACGCGUCAGAUGCCUACCUGAAACAUUUCACCAAGGAGCUGAAGGCAACGACCACCCGCUGUGGUCUCGAUGUCCCGUUGUCCACUCUGGGCCCUGCUGUGAUCAUCUUCCAUGAGACCGUCCACACAAAGCUGCUAGGAUCAGACAAACCGUCUGAAUCGGCCGAGCGUCUUCUCCAGGAGCGUUUCAGGAAGCUUGGUCUGUUUCCAGAAGCGUUCAGCUCCAUCCAGUACCGCGGAACUCGGACCUACAACCCUCCCACAGACUUCAGCGGUCUUCUGCGCAGCCUGGAGCAACAGCUGGACAACAACACCACCCGCUCGCCACGCUCUGCCAGCGUCAUCUACAAGGCUCUGCAGGCUCUGAGCGAACGCUUCAGUGGGGAGAUUUCAGACGAGCACAUGACCAGUAACUCGUUCUUUCCAGAUGAGUACUUCACCUGCUCCAGCCUCUGUCUCAGCUGUGGUUCAGGCUGUAAGAGAAGCAUGAAUCACCUGAAGGAAGGACUUGACCACGAAGCCAAACAUCGCUGCCGCUACUCUGCACAGUAUGACAACCGCAUCUACACCUGCAAGGCCUGCUAUGAAGGAGGGAAGGAGGUAAUCGUGGUUCCCAAAACGACGGCCUCGUCUGACUCACCGUGGUUUGGCUUGGCCAUCUAUGCUUGGUCUGGGUAUGUAAUCGAGUGCCCCAACUGUGCAGUGAUCUACAGAAGCAGGCAGUACUGGUAUGGAAACCAGGAUCCAGUGGAAACAGUGGUCAGAACAGAGAUCCAGCACAUCUGGCCUGGGUCUGACGGUUUCUUGAAAGACAACAACAACGCCGCCCAGAGGUUGCUGGACGGAGUCAAAUACAUUUCUCAGUCAGUGUCUGAACUCAGCGUCAAGCCUGCCAAAGCAGUCACCUCCUGGCUUACCGACCAGAUCGCUCCUGCCUACUGGAAACCCAACUCUCUUAUCCUGAAUUGCCAUAAAUGUGGGGAGGAGUUCCAGCCCAACGACACCAAGCACCACUGUCGUGCCUGUGGAGAGGGCUUCUGUGACUCCUGCUCCUCAAAAACCCGACCUGUCCCGGAGAGGGGCUGGGGCCUCGCGCCUGUCCGAGUCUGCGACGCAUGUUUCCACAACAGAGGAAUCCCAACUGAGUUACUGGAUGCUGCCUUGGAGGAGGAAGGAGGCACCCUGAUAGCCAGGAAGGUUGGGGAGGCGGUCCAGAACACUUUAGGAGCUGUAGUCGGCGCCAUCGACAUACCUCUCGGCCUGGUGAAGGACGCCGCUCGUCCAGCCUACUGGGUCCCAGACCAGGACAUCCACUCCUGCAACGAGUGCCAGAGGGAGUUCUCCCCACGUCUCUCCAUCCACCACUGCCGCGCCUGCGGCCAGGGAGUGUGUGACGACUGCUCUCAGGAGCGACGUGCCGUCCCCUCCCGCGGCUGGGACCACCCGGUGAGGGUCUGCAGCGGCUGCAACCAGAAAGCUGGGGAGCUCUAGCAGGACGAGGAGAUGGAGACGGUGAAGGAUACUGGCCUCUACAAAAACUGGAAUUGACAACAUUUUUUGACAUUUGGCUAAAAGGCUUCAGUUCCCUUUUUGUCUCUUACGUGGCAUUUAAUGGCUGCCACUAGACUGUCCGUGGCAGGUUGAACUCUGUUUUUUUUAAUGCCGUUCUCACGUCACAUCAGUCCCCUGAUGCUAUUUCACUAUAAUAUGCCUCUAUUUUACACUGUGAAGAAUACAGUCAGAGUGAGACUUGAAAAUCAGGAAGGUGGAGAGAUAAAAACUUUUAUGAGAGUGAGUAUUGUACGUGCUUGCUCACAGUUGAGUUCAGGUAAAUAUCAAUGUACCCCCGUGAUCCUUUAAAUUUCUAUAUCGAUGCACAUGAACCCCUUCGACAAUCCCUCCCAGUGUGACACACCUGUACUAUUAGCACCUUUUCUAGUCUGGGGCUACAUGUGAUUUAAUGAUAGUACUGACUGAGCAUCUUAAACUGACUCCAGGUAAGCACUCUUAUUGUAAGAUUGUUUCUGCAGGAGCCCUGGAUGUAGAGUUCAGGGCCGGCUUCAAACGCAACGACGAAAAAUCUGAAAAAGGAUCCACCACAAUUAAUUUGGUGGAUGAUGUGCAGUUAUUUUCCUCUGCUUCAGCCCCGCAAAGCUUUAGCUUCUCUGCCACUCUUUGGCUUCAGGAGGAUUAGAACAAUCAGAAGCCAAUGAUGUACUGUAGCACUGAGAUGCAUUCCAAUUUAUAUAAUUACGUCUUACAUAAUCCCUCCAUACUCUGUGGUUGUUUGUGCAUUCGAAUGGGCAGACGAUAAUAGAAGAGCCUUAAAGGGGAACUGCAGUGUUUUUCAGCCUAAACCCUGUUUUCCCAUGUUUUGUGUCAAAGUGACUCAUGGGAACAACGAUUUUUUUAAAUUGCUCCAGUACUGAGAGAGAGGGCUGCAGCUGGAGCAGCACAGGCGGCUACGAUUUAACCACUUUUAGGAGGUGCGCCCCGUCAAUUUACAUCCAUUAAAAGUGCUUGUUUUUGCCACUGACAGGCUCAGCUUGUUAUUAACAGUAGCUGUGUUUCCAUCCAAAAGUGAUUUGAAUCAUUGGGAAAUGUGCAUUAAAAGGAAU